AUGCCGUCCUCGAGCGGCCGCUACUCUGAUGUCAGCGGCCGCUACUCUGAUGUCAGCGGCCGCUAUUGUGAUGUCAGCGGCCGCAUCACAGCGCUGUCAAGAUCGAGCAGCGCUGCUCAAGCCAUGGAGGGAGUGUGUGCUGCAGUUUGCACGGCUUUUUCCGUGGCUUACUCUGGCUACUUUUUCACCCACCUGGCACGUCACAUCGCCCGUGCCUGGAGAGAAUCCGCUCCUUGGAGCUCCAAAGCAACCUCAGGGCCUUCUCUGGCUGCGUGUCUUCCUGAAGAAGAGGCCAAAGGGGAGGAAGUUGCCCACCAAGCUGCACCUGCUGCCACGGCCGGGCCCCAGCAUCCAGCAUCAAGCAGAAGGGCAGUGCCAGCGCCUGCUCCAGCUGCCUCUGUAGGUGAGGAAGAGGCUGAAGAGGAGGAAGGUGCCAAUGAAUCUGCUCCUGCUGUCAGCCCAGAGCCUGAGCGGCCGACAUCAAGCUCCACCUCCUCUGUCCUGGCACCUGCACGAGCUGCAGCUGCAGGCUCUGAAGAAGCCUGCAGCCCCCAAGCUGGAAACUCAAGCACGAGCAGCUCGUGCACCUGGAGCACGAGUAGUUCCUCUGGCAGCAGAGAGCAGCUGCGAGAGCGGACAGAGGACGAGUGCCUGGCCACGCUGAGGAUGCUGGUGAGCGAGGGAGAUCCCGAGGCUAAAUACACAGAACUGGAGACUAUUGGCAAAGGGGGUUUCGGCACCGUGUGCAUGGCAGUGGAGACUGCCACAGGAGAAGAGGUGGCCAUAAAGAAAAUCAGUCUCCUGCAAGAGAGCAGCAACGAACUGUGCGUGAAUGAAAUCCAGGUCAUGCGCCACCAUAAGAACGGCAACCUGGUGAACUACGUAGACAGCUACCUGGUGGACGAAGAACUCUGGCUAGUGAUGGAAUACAUGGACGGAGGUUCUUUACAUGAUGUCAUUCGCGAGACUCGCAUGGCAGAAGGAGAGAUAGCAGCUGUCUCUCGGGAGUGUCUGCAAGGCCUGGAUUUCCUCCACUCCAAGCAAGUGAUCCACCGAGACAUCAAAAGCCACAACAUUCUCCUGGGCUUGGAUGGAUCUGUCAAGUUGGCUGAUUUUGGCCUCGCUGCUCAGCUCACGGCUGAGCGGAGCAAACGGAGAUCAGCUGUCGGGACUACUUACUGGAUGGCGCCAGAAAUUUUCACCAGCAAGCCCUACGGCCCCAAAGUGGACAUCUGGUCCUUUGGCAUCGUGGGCAUGGAGAUGGUGGAAGGAGCGCCUCCUUACCUGAUGAAAACCUCCCGCACGGUCCGACAGCUGAUAAGCUCCGGGGGCACCCCGAAGCUGCAGAACCCCAGGCAGCAGUCCGCUUGGUUGCGAGACUUUCUGCGCUGCUGCCUGGAGACAGACGAGGACAGGCGCUGGUCUGCCCAGGAGCUUCUGCAGCACCCGUUUGUAACCUCAGCCAAGCCGACCUCCAGCCUGACGCCUCUGAUCGUGGCAGCGCAGCAGUUUAUGGCCGACAGGAGAUACUAG